UCUCAACUCUUCUAAGCUCUCUCUCUCUCUAUCCACAAUGUUGCACAUCCUUUUCCUCCUUCUGGUUUCAUCUCUCUGUGUUAGCAGCGCCACAGAGAAAAACGAAAACCCGUUUACCCCAAACGCUUUCUUAAUUCGCUACUGGAACAAGAAUAUCAACAACAACUUACCAAAGCCACAGUUUCUUCUCGCCAAGGCAUCGCCGCUGAGCGCGGUGGAAACCGCCACCUUCGCCAAACUCGCCGCCGACAACACCCUCUCCACGCACCUCUCACGCUUCUGCUCCUCCGCACGCUUACUCUGUUCUCCGAACUACCAUCUUCUAUCUAAACAUAACGGACGCUCCAACUUCGCCGUCUACAACAACAAAAACUUCACCAACUAUGGAACGAGUCGACUCGGCGGAUUCAACUCGUUCAAGAACUACUCAGACAACCAGCGCGUCAACGUCCCUCUCAACGAUUUCCGCCAAUACAGCAAAAUCUCCACCAACCACAGCGACGAUUUCUUCAGCUACGGUUCCUUCGGGAACCUCAUCGAAGAAAGCUUCCACAGCUACGCCGCCGGAGCAACCGCCGGCGACUCAACCUUCAACAACUACGCCGACCCUGCCUUCGGCUCCGACGACCUCGUCUUCACCUCCUACUCCGACGAUGCCAAGAAAAGAACUCAAUCCUUCAGCAGCUACACCGAGAACGGUAACGGCGGCGAGCAAUGGUUCGCUGGUUACGGAAAACAUGGCAACGACGCCACGAACUCGUUCCAAGGCUACGGCACGAGCUCAAACCCUACCGUAACCGGAUUCUCGAGUUACGGUGAAAGCGGCGUUAAGGUUAACGAUACGUUCAAGAACUACGCUAACCACGGGAACGCUCCAACGAACACGUUUGAGAACUAUGGCAACGGCGGUAACGGGGCCGUGGAGAGGUUCGACACUUACAGGGUUGAAGCGAAUGGUGGUACAGACUCGUUCGAGAACUACGCUAAAGGAUCUAACAGUGCUGACGUGGAUUUCACGGGGUAUGAUGAAUCGGAUAAUAGUAACUCAGACAAGUUUAUUGGGUAUGGAAAAGGUGCUGAGAAACAGAGAUUUGGGUUCUCUGGCUAUCGCGUGAACUCCACUUUCGCUGAGUAUGCCAAAGAGGGUGUUACUUUUGCCAGUUACAAAAACGACAGUUUCGGUGGCAGAAUGGUAAAAAAGUGGGUCGAGGAGGGUAAGUUUUUUCGGGAGUGGAUGUUGAAGGAAGGGGUAGUAAUGGCUAUGCCUGAUAUAAGGGAUAAAAUGCCUGAAAGGUCGUUUUUGCCCCGGGCGGUUUUGUCUAAGAUACCGUUUACCGUUCAUGAUGUGAAGCGGGUUUUUAACGUGGGGCCCGGUUCGAGAUUGGAGAAGGUAGUGAUGGAGUCGGUGAGCGAGUGCGAGAGGGCACCGAGCGAGGGUGAGACAAAGAGGUGCGUGGGUUCCAUCGAGGACAUGGUGGAUUUCGCCACUGGGGUGUUGGGUCACAACGUUGUGGUUCGGACCACUGAUAAUGUGAAUGGUUCGAAGGGUAAUGUGAUGGUUGGUUCUGUGAGAGGGAUCAACGGUGGGAGGGUUACUGAGUCUGUUUCUUGUCACCAGAGUUUGUUUCCUUAUUUGCUUUAUUAUUGCCACUCGGUUCCGAAGGUUCGGGUGUACGAAGCGGAUUUGUUGGAGGUGAAUAGUAAGGCGAAGAUAAACCGUGGAGUUGCAAUCUGUCACUUGGACACGUCUGCUUGGAGCCCAUCUCAUGGUGCUUUCUUGGCCCUUGGGUCGGGUCCCGGCCGAAUUGAGGUGUGCCAUUGGAUCUUUGAGAAUGACAUGACUUGGACCGUGGCUGAUUGA